AUGUCGCGAAACAGCUCGGCGCGUGUGACGCCCAGCUCUAGUAACAGCUCCACUUCAUAUUUACCCCAAAAUCGGAACACUACAACGGGAGGUCGUCAAGUCGGUACUGCUGGUAGCCUAUUACAAGAAAGGUUAAGAGAGCGCGAUGCCGAGAGGAGAAGAAGCAUACAUUUUGGAGAUGGAGGCUCAUUGGGCUCUCCUGCGAGGUCUCUGCAGGAGCAUAAUGAUAGACGCGCCAGUUUGAAUGGUGUUGGAGUAAAGGGUAUGGGAGUCAAGCAAUGGGAAGAGCAAACUUCAUCCCUCCACAAACAAAACUAUAAUCUGAAGCUGGAAUUAUUUCAUCGUAGAGAUCGACAGAGUAAGCUGGAAAGCGAGCUUGCUGCGGCCCAGAAAAUUAUUGAAGAACAAGCUGAAUAUCAAGAGAUGAACGACAUUUUGAUGGUUGAACUUGAACGCAGAGAUCAGGCCGUCGAUGAGGCCAUCAACCUCAUCACUAGUCUCGAGGAACAGGUGGAGCUAUUACGAAAGGAGAAUGAGCGGUUGAGGAAUUAUCCGUCGUCUCUCGAAGAUCAAAACCUUCAUUCUAGAUCCAUCCCACGCAUGCCAUCGUUCCUCUCGGAUCAGAGUGGUGAGACCGAGGCACUUCGAAGUCUUUACACCAAACGAGUGGGCGCCAGCGAGUCAACCCUAUCCAAGCUAGAAGAAGAAGAAGAAGAGGGCAUUCAAGAGGAGAUGGAUAGUCCGCGUCUCAGCGUUCUCAGCCGACUCAGCGAGAGUUCGUUUAUCAGUGUUUACGGUGAUAAAAACGCACUCAACGACCAUUUUAGCCUAGAUAGGGAGAAUACUCCGGAUGAAAAUACAACUUCAGCCUGGGUCGAGGAAAAUGUAACGGAAAACUCUACUACACAAAGGAUAUCGCCACAAUCCACCAAAAACUUUCAGCAAAGCUCGCCCGACCUUUUAAGACCCUAUAACCUGGAAGGGCACAAGAAAACGUCUUCGCUCAAAUCAGUUGGCCUCAUUGUCAAUACCCAAAACCACCUGAAUGCUUAUCGAAAUUCGAGAGGUUAUGAAGAUUCUCCUGCCUUGCCUCCCACACCCGAUACCUGUCGCACAGAAAAACUACGUGGGGACCCCCAAAAACCAAAUGAAUUAUUCAGUCAACCUGGUAGAGCUCAGGCCACCUAUCCAAUAAAUCGGACACCCGAUCUACCCAUGCGACCUAGAAGUGCCUGUGAAACUGUGCUCAGCCGUCAUGAUGGCUAUGGCUGGAAUACACCCACCGAGACAGACACGGGGAGCAUUAAUAGCACAGAAGAUGAGUCAUUCCCACAUACUCGGCUCCGACGCAUUAAAACACCUACACUCUUCAAGUUUAGUCAGUCGGAGUGGGGCCGAGAGGUCUUAUCCGAUCAUGAAUCUGCACUCUCAGAUCAAUUCUUGGUGCGCCGUGCCUCGGAAUCACAAGAGAUUAUCAGUGAAGAUGACACCCAACACAACGUUAAGACGCAAAACGUUGACACGCCGUCAGUGAUCUCACCCAAGAGUUCAGAACCCAACGUAAUCUCAGACCCGGCAUCCUCUCUUCAGCUCGUGCCAGCCCGACGCAGUCAAACCCUGGCUCGAGAUACCAUGAACCCACCUAUUAGACAAGUUAGUGUCGCAUCUGCAGUAGCAUCCAGCGUUGUUUCAGCCGUUGCAAAUAAUCCAUCGCCGGUCUGGCGGCGUAAUCCAAUCUCCCUAACCCUAGCUCGUUUCCGACGUCAUGACUCGUCCAAUACAAAUUCUCACACAGCGUCAAAGACAAAGCCAAUAGUCAAAACUCAGGUUCUCCAGCUCGAACGUACGAGUGGCACGGACGACGCGACACCUCCUCCUAUCUUGCGGUAUCGGGAGGUGACACCCUCCCACCGUCCGGUUUCUGCUAGCAGCGUGAACGUUUCUCGACCAGAUGUGGUAAAGGAUGUCAUGCAGGAAAAGAGAGAAGAGAGACAGCGUCGAAUGAGUGGUUGUAUAACAACAAAUGCCCUAUCGCGGGAGUUUCAAUGCGGCGGAGUGGAACGAGACGAAGAAGAUGGGGUCGGGAAGGGCAUGCGGAAAUGGCUUGGGAUUGGAUCUGGGAGAUGCAAUAGCUUGAAGAGGAACUAA